GCGAGGGAGGGAACAGUUGGCUGGUUCGGGGAGAGCCGAGCUGGCGCUGCAGGCAGCCGGGCGGGAGGGAGGCUGGCUCGCUGGCAGGGCAAGCCGAGCAAAGAUAAAUAUAUAUAUAUAUAUAUGGAUUAUUUUGAAGCUGGAUUUGCCAUGAAUUGCAUGGAGCUGUGAGCCCCCCCACAGCGGGUGGGUGCGCGGGGAGCGGGCACCCCUUCCCCCAGUUUGCACCCCACCCACACCCACGCACCCCUGUGCACAAACCCUGGUUUGCUGGGCGCCCAAGGGUGCCCCGGAGAAGGGGUGCCAUGGUGCUGCGGGGCCCCGAUCCCGGCCCCGGCCCCCCCUACCCGCUGGCCCUGGGACUCAGCACCUUGCACACGCUCCUCUACGCCGGCCUCUUCCUCUUCGCCUACCUGCAGCUCUGGCUGCUCCUCUACUACCGGGAGAAGCGGCUCAGCUACCGCUCCGUCUGCCUCUUCCUCUGCCUGCUCUGGGCGGCGCUGCGCACCGUCCUCUUCUCCUGCUACCUGCAGGGCGCCCUCCUGCCGCCCCACGCCGGCCACGGGCAGCCCCGGCUGCCGCCGUUCCCCCGCUGGCUGCUCUUCUGCUUCCCCGUCUGCCUCCUCUUCGCCACCGGCUGCCUCCUCAAUCUCUAUUUCGCCGAGGUGAUCUUCAAAGUGAAGUGUGCCGCCGAAUUCAACAAGUACAAGGCCGCCUUGUACGUGGGUUCCAUCUUCACCAGCCUCCUCUUUGUCUUUGUGAAUUUGACAUGCGCGUUGCUGGCGCACGAUGACCUCCCCGAGGACCAGCUGCAGUGGACGGUUUUCACCCGGGCUCUGAUCAACGACAGCCUCUUCAUUCUCUGCGCCGUCCUGCUAGCCUGUUUCAUGUGCAAGCUGUCCAAAAUGUCUUCGGCCAAUGCUUACCUUGAGUCCAAGGGCACAUCUGUCUGCCAAGCCUUGCUUGUGGGUUCCGUCGUCGUCCUCCUGUUCUCCUCGAGGGCUUUCUAUAACCUGGUGGCGGUGGCGAUCUCGCCGGAUCACGUGCCCAGUCCUUUCAACUAUGGCUGGGAUAACCUUUCGGAUAAGGUUCGAGGCGAAGAAGCCAGCAGCGAAGAGUACGUGGUUUUUGGGGUUGUGAUGUUCCUCUGGGAGUUCGUCCCUACUACAUUCCUGGUUCUCUUCUUCCGGGCUCAGAGGCUGGCACAGAACUUGGCGCCGGCUGGAAUGAUAAACAGCCACAGCUACAACUCCCAGGCCUAUUUCUUUGACAACCCAAGGCGGUACGACAGUGACGACGACCUUCCGAGGCUCAGCGGAGGAAGCCUGGCUACCCCUCAGAGCUCUGGCUGGUACGGUUCCUUGACGGGGAGCGACAGCUGCGUCAUGAUCCCGCCUUUGGUGGCCCCUCCGAUGGACGUGGCCCCGCUGCUCUUCACCCACGGGAGCCUGGAGUCGAGAAGCCGCCCGAACCCCCGCCUGGUGCCGUAGGACUGGAACUGGCGCACCUCUCGGGGGGGGGGCUGCGCCUGGGUGGGAAGCUGGCCGGAGCGGGGCUCCAACCAGGUGCGCAGGACACGGCAGCAGCUCCCCGCUGGGUCCCCAAAUCCCUGGCGUGGCUCCCGAGGUUUCCAGAACGUGGGAACUAAAGGACGGGGGCUUUGCGAAGCCUACUCUUCUCGCCAAGCGGUACUUGCGAUGAUGGAAGCCGGUGUGGUGAAACCACAGCCCCUUAGAAGUAUUCCGUUUCAGUGGGUCAGGCCUUCCAGAGGUUGAUGGUACCUUGGCAACCGAAAGCAGCAGCAGCAGUUUUGGUGGCAGACCUUGAUGGCUGGGAUGCACUGAUCUUUGCACUUUUAACCAAACUUUUUCCAAGGAGCGGUCCUUCUCCCUGCCAGCUACUGUCCUCAGCAGCUCGGGAAGACUGUUCUGGGUAACCCUUUUAAUUGCACAUCCACGGCUGGGGAAGUUUGUUUUCGUCUUCCCCGCAACGACUGGGGCAAUCUCUGCAUACUAACGGUGGGAACUUUUGGGGGUCGGGUGGGGGAAAUCCUUGCUUCCAAACUCUUUCUUUCUUUUUUUAAAGAGUUUUAAAGUGGGGGGAACCGUAACAAAACAAAAAAAAAGACUGUUAACAAGUGUGGCACAAGUGUCGUGGUCUCACAAGGGUUAAGAAGUUACCUUGAUUUACUAUCAAUCUGUUUAUUCUAUUGGAGCCAAUUCUUCAUAUCUAUAUAUAUAUAUUUUGCACGUGGUGGUGGAGGGCCCCUUGCGACCGACUGACCUACUUUGAGCAUUGAUUUAUAAAACUAAAAAACGGUUCACACACUGGGGGAAGCAGAGCUGUUAAUCGGUGGGGCUUUAAAAAAAAAAAAAGACAGAAUGGCUCAAUGAGGACUAGCUGCAUGCUUGCUAUGGAUAUUGCAGAGGCAGCUGGGGGGUGACACCUUGGCUGCUUUUAGCCAGCCAGCUACAGGUGUGGUCCAGGAUGGGAUGGGAGACCGUUCUCAGGGUUUGCUUGCUUAGCGGCCAGGAAGAAGCACGUUUAGCAUUUGGGCAGGCCUAUUGCUCAGCAGAGGGGAUUUGGGGGGGUGAGGGGAUGCCUGUUUAUAAUGCACACAGCUGUGGGGGCUAGAGAAGCUGCAAUCCCCUCCAUGUUUCAAAAUCCAAGCAGGCUGGGUGACCUCUUCUUAUAUUGGGGUCAUUUCCACCACCUUCUGGCUGCAAAAUCUGAUUCUGUCCCCUUGUGGCGGAAUAAAGACAUGUCCCCGUCGCAUAGAAGCUCAGAUCAGUUCAAGAACCAGGUGAACUGAGAGGCAGGGGGCAGUAUCUUGCCAAACUUGGCCUUCCAGCUGUUUUGGGACGACAACUCCCAUCAUCCCUAGCGAACAGGACCCCAGUGGUCAGGGAUGAUGGGAACUGUAGUCUCGAAACAGCUGGCGGGCCAAGUCUGCCUGCUUGAAGUGAACAUGACUUCAGCAAAAAGGGCCAAUUUUAAAACUUGUUGGCCCGAACAAGUUUAGGUUCUUUCACAAGCUCGUCACCCCCACCACCACCACCCCCAAUGCGCGUUUGCAGAUCAGCCUCUUGGGAGAUCCAUAGGGCUAGUGUGGGGAAUCUUUCACCCGUCAGAUGCAACUGAACUAUAGUUCCCAACAUCCUUGGCCACUGGCUGUGCUUGCUGGGAUUGAUGGGAGCUGUAGCUCAGCAGCAACUGGUGGGUCCAACCCCCCCAAAAAAGAAACACCCCUUGGCUGAGGUUAUGUGUUUGGAGAGUGGCUGUUUUGGGGGCCUAAAGCCAUUAAGAUUGUCAGCAAAUUCCACUCCCGUGACACUAACCUGCCAAAGUUUGCCAUUUCCUUUCUCUGCGCUCGCAAAUUCAGAUGUUUUGUAGAGACAGUGUAGGCAGGCAAUUCUUGUGUAAUAAGAAUUAUUAUUAUUUUACUAUUUAUACCUCGCCCAUUAGGCUGGAUUGCCCCACAUUUCUUGAGUCUGCAUAGAUUUCUUGACUCUGGCUUUCUGCUCAGCUCACUCUGACCAACCCUUGCUGCUCUUUGGGGCUUAGUUCUGAGGCUGCUUUGGGAAAUGUGCGAAGGUUCAUCUCCAUUAGCAGACUCUUAACAGCCCCAGGACAAAAAGGAUAUUCCCCCCCCCUUCCAAGGUAUUCAUGGAGCAAAACCUCAGGUGCCAUCUGUAAGUGUUUUGUUUUAGGAGGGAAACAUUUCUCAUCUCAGAAGCUCUUUGCUUUCCAAAACUCAAGGUACCUUCCUGCAGUAUAACUGUGUAGCUGUCCUUUUCAAUUCGCAAGCUAAUUCCGAUGCCCCACGAGGAAAUUUGGCUGGAAUAGUGGGUGCAUCGCCUGUUCACAGAUCGAGAAGGAAAACUACAUGUGACACCAGUUUUUGAAGUCACGCCAAAGUGCUGGCAAUGUUUCAAGAGAGUGGCUGCAGAGAUUGAGGUGUAGCGUCACAGGGUCAAGCCUAGGGCCUCCACCCUGCCAGACUUGUGCCCUUCUCCUCCUCCAGUGUAGGUUUCGCUGCUUUUUAUUAUUAUUUAAAUUAACCAAGUUCAGCAUUGGGUCCAAGUGCUAACCUGUGGUUAAUCUGAUUGGAACAAGCCAGCUUCGUAAAUGGUGUUUUGAAGGAAACCCCUUUGCGGUAGGGUAAAAGCAGCUGAGCAACAGUAAACUGUGGUUUUUAGCGCUGCCUCAGGGCCCGGUCAGGGUGGCCAUUUUAGGGGGAGGGGAUUCAUAAACAUGUUGGUUCCGACGUGAGAUUUGACAGCUGCUAAAUUUUAAGCACCCCUUGGAAAAGGCCGUAUUGGCGUUGCGCGUCAGGAUGUGCGCUCUCCCGGCCCCCCUCCCCGAGCUAAUGUGAGACAAGGACCCCCUUCUUCUUCGAUUGAUCCUUGACUCGGGUAAAACAAGCCAUGUCUCGAACUCUGCGCUGCCCUCCUUCACCCACCAAAGGCAGAUGGCGCUAUUAACACCCCCACCCACCCUGUUUUCUUUUCCGCUUAAAGAGUUUUACAAUGCACUUGGAGCACUUUAUAAUUUUUGUUUUGUAGGCGGGAGGGAGGGCAUUGUGUUAAGGGCUACAAGCUCCUUAUCCAACAUUUUGCACUGAACUGCAUCGACUAAAGCUGAUUUUUUUCCCCCACUCAUCGGAGCCACUGCCAGUCAGGACAGCGGGGUGGGGUUGUAGAACGAAGAAGUGAUGGCUGACAAGAGGUGGGCGCCCUUUUCGUUCUCGCGGACAGCUGCUUAUUUAAACGGAGAAACCCUGCCUGUGCAAGAGUUCCCCCGUUCAUGGUAUAUGGUUUGAGGGGUGCCAUUUUGCCAGCUGUCCCUUCAGCCCCCGGCUGGCUGCGCCCUAAUGAAUGUACGCCAAGCUUUAACCUCCUUCACUCUGAACUGUAACGCCGUUCAUGUUUUGAAAUAAAGAGGUUUGUUUUUCUCUUGCGA